AUGUAUCACGAUGAUGGAGCCAGAAGUUCCAUUAAGAUCUUCGCCAACAUUUUUAUUUCGUUCAUCGGUGCUGGGAUUUUGGGAAUGCCUCAUGCUUUCAAAGAGGUAAGGUAAAACACAGCGUUUGUAUACGACCAGGUUCUGGCGCGAGUUGCCACGAACACAUAUUUAAAGAAUGAACUUUUGUGGUCAACUGAAUGUCCACUGCUUCUUUUUAUUCUCCAGGCGGGGGUUAUCGAGGGAAGUGUCAUUAUGACGAUAAUUGGUACACUGAGGUAAGACUUGGAUGUCUCAAAAUUUAAAGUUCGUGUUUCGGUCAGAUACGUUUAGUUAGUAUAUAUGUGACCUAGUUUCAUAGAUUGCUUCCAUGGCACGGAGAAACGUUUUUGAUGAACAAAUUUCGUAGCCAUAGCAGCGAAUAUCUAGUAGGGUCAUUCUCUUCCCUUGACCCUUAUAAAUCAUUAUUUGACUCAUUUGUUUAAAGUCUAUACAGAUGUUAAGGUUGUUUGUUUAAUCCACAUUGAUUGUUUUGCCCAAUUUUGUAGUUCUCCUUAUUUAAAUUAUUUGAUUUUGUUACAUAUUCCUCAAAUUUAUAGAGCACUUGUAAUUAAACAUCAUUAGUCCUAUUUUAAAGUUAUCUUUGGGACAGAUGGGACUGAUCAGCCCCACAGGAAAAUCAUGUAAGCUGAUUUGUGGAGAAAAAAAUAAGUGAAAUGAAAUUGAAAUGAGGCACUGUUAUGAUUAAAUUCUGACAAGCAGCAACAUACCGUAAAUCCUCUGUUAAGCUCCCCCUCUCAAAUAAGCCCUCUCCCUCUAACAAUCGCCCCCCCCUUCUCAGGGGAAGAAAGUUGAUAAGCCCCCCCUCUCUAUUAAGCCUUCCCUUCCCGCCUCUAAAAUUAAUAUUCUUCACUAAUGAAUGAUACACUCAUGUGAGCUGAUUUGUGGAGAAAAAAAUAAGUGAAAUGAAAUUGAAAUGAGGCACUGUUAUGAUUAAAUUCUGACAAGCAACAACAUACCGUAAAUCCUCUAUUAAGCUCUCCCUCUCAAAUAAGCCCUCUCCCUCUAACAAGCACCCCCCCUUCUCGGGGAAGAAAGUUGAUAAGCCCCCCCUCUCUAUUAAGCCUCCCCUUCCUGCCUCUAAAAUUAAUAUUCUUCACUAAUGAAUGAUACACUGUAUUAAUCAAUCACGACUGUAAAACUUCUUGUGGACUGAUCCGGGAUGGUUUAUUGUACCAACUAGAAGUUCGGAUUUGUUUUUGAUCCUCGGCUACAUGACUUCCAACCUCUUGUACUUGAGCCUUUCCACAUUGUAUUCAAGUUUUUUAUGGAGAAUUGAUACCAUUGUCUAGUUUUCUAAAUUAAAUAAGUCCCCCCCUCUCAAAUAAGCCCCCCAUCUCUAGUAAGCCCCCCGUCAAAAGGGUUUGAAAUAAAUAAGCCCCCCCUCCCCCUGGGGGGCUUAAGAGAGGAUUUACGGUAGCCUUGAAAUAGCAACAAAAGAUAAAUGAAUUGGGGGCAAACAACAUGAAGUUGGUUGAAAACUACAGUAGUGACGAGUAAAACCACAGAUACAAUCAUGGUAAAAUACCAACUGCAACAUUGCUGCUUUUAAAAUUUAGAAUAGGGAAAUUCUUACUCUCCUAAGAGGACCUCAGAAAUGUCCAAACAAUGAGUUUAUAUACUGUAAAAUUCCGAAAAUUAGCCCCGGGGUUUAUAUUUUUUCAAAGGCCCUUUUGGAGGGGCUUAUUUUUAGAGGGGCUUAUAUUCGGAGGGGCUUAUCUACGGAGGGAAAUUUGCGUGUUAAAAUCGAUUGGGCUAGCGUUAUAGUGGAUGUAAAUUUACUGUUUUUGCUGUAUUUUUCCUUGUAUUUUCAAGAGGGCAAUUUUCCAAGUACAACCUCCCGGGGGGCUUAUCUUUGGAGGGGCGAUUUAACGGAGGGUUUUUUGCGUUACCGGUUUGGGGGGCUUAUAUUUGGAGGGGCUUAUACAUGGAGGGGCUUAUUUUCGGAAUUUUACGAUAUUUGAUAUUGAAAUAUACUGAGUAAAGGCUAUCUUGAGUGGAUCACUCCCUCAGGAAUCAGUUCAGUUCAGUUGGCUUUGUGAGAUUUGAAUUUGAAGUAGUGGCAAUGACUAAUGGAUGUUAUUUGCAAAUAGUCAAUUCAUCAGUCAAAUCCACAGCUGUGUGGUUGACCUGGUGAGACUGUAAGUGAUCACCUCCCAUGAGGGACCACCUGUUAUGUACAGUCAAAUCCCGCUAUUUCGAACUUGGUUAAUUCGAAGUCCCCGCUAUUUCGAAGGAAGAUCAAAUUCCCUUGGAUUUACCCUUAUGUUUUCAGUCAUUUACUAUCAGCUAUUUUGAACUCGAUUAUUUCGAAUUCCCCGCUAUUUCAAACUCAUCAUUCUUUCCCUACACCUUAAAUCAACCCCAUUAUUUCGAACUUGUCAAAAACAGAGUACGUACAUAAGAGCACAGCUGGAAACGUAUUGCAUUUUAUUUGAGCUUGUGUUGCAUAAUGAAAAUUAUUAAUGACUUAACGAUGCUUGACUCACGUGCAGUGUGCCGCUAAGAAAUUCCAGCUGUGUAAUUCAAGUACAAAACAAAACGCACUGUUAGUGAACUGUUCUUCCAGCUGAAAUGCUCAUUUAUGAACUCUGCUGUCUCUAUUCUGAUCAUUCGACAUUGUAUUUUUAUUUAAUCAGUGUCUUUCUUCUUACUGUACUGUAUUUUAUUAAAAAAUGAUUCAUUGUUACAAAUUUUAUGCUUCCCUGGUUAUUUUGAAACCCCGCAAAUUCAAACUUUUUUCUAUUUCCCUUGGGACUUCAAAAUAGCGGGGUUCGACUGUAUAUCCUCCAACAUAACAAAAUUUUUCAAGUCUAAGCCUUAUACUUGGAAUGACCUCCUUUAAGUAAGCACAACCACUUUUCACGGAUGUCAGUUUAAUAAUUUUCCAUUGUUUUCAACCUAUUUUAAGUAAUCACUUGACAGACUUCAUGCAUGGUUUUAGUGCUAUAUUCGCCCUAUGCACUGUGUGGCUAAGAGUAUACAAAGAAACUACAUAAAUUCAAGGCUGUGCUCUAAGAAAAAUUGAAGGGAGCCCAGUGCUCUGAACUUGUGAAAUCCAGUGUGCCCAGCAUAUGAUUUCUAUGGAAAAGCAAAGAUUUUCUAGUCGCCUGAGAACAAAAAUUAAGCGCCACAGGCCACUGGGCUCUGCUAGAGGACAGCCUUGAUAUUGUAACUUGCAAAACUCUUCUCAGAAGAGAUCUCCUGUGGUUCCAUUCUUGUAAACAGCCACUUCAUGUAAGCUAACUCAAAGUCUCUGCAUUUUGGGUAUUCAGCUAUGAGAGGUUCUAAAGUAUACAGCUGGCUGUUUGGCCAAUACGUAUAAUAUUAUUUGUAUAAUUGAUUGUAUUUUAGUCACAGAUGUACCCAAUAAUUUUUGGGAGUGUCUGUGAUUGAAGUCUAAACAAGUUGAAUAUAGUAAUGCAAUCACUUUGACAAUUAAAGUAUUUGAGUGAAACUGAUAUUAACCAAUAAUUAACCUGCACAUACAGGUCUGAAUUAUAUUCCUUAAGUGGAUGGUCCUGAAAUGUUAUAAUAAAUAUUAUUGUCACAGUGUCAUAUAAAUUUAAUACUUUUAGUGUGAAAGCAAUGUUGCUGAUCAUUGAUUGCAAAAACAAGAUUACUUGGAAGAAGCUUGACCAUCUUCAGAAUGGCUCAGUGAUUUCCAGUGAAGGAAGUGUUGCAUUAGAGGAGAAGGAGUUGCUAAUGACAGUUGAAAAUGGAGAUACAGUUUCAAUGGAUAAAAUAAAAGAAGAGGUAACAAAUACAAUCGCCACAAAGCUGGUUCAUCAAGUGCCGGCACAUUCCUUUAUUUAACAAACAAUUAGUAGAUUGAGUAUGAUUGUCUGGGUGACCAUACAGUAGUCCUGAAUAGGACUGUUGUUGACAGUGACUGAUGUUGCGAUGACCUGUGAGGUAGACAUCCACAUAGUCAAAGUGAGUUGUAUCACGUCAGUUGAUAGUAUUAAACUCUGGUUAGUGACCUGAUUGCCCAAUUUAGUUGCAAUGUUAGUGGCUGUCUGUCAAUAACAUUACAGCUUAACUCGCUGACGAAAUGACUCCUGGGUUCAAACAUUUCACAGUUAACAAACAAUAUUGAAUUAUUGCAUGGGACCAUGGAAAUUCAGGGUCAGGGCUGUCAUUAAUGGCCAGGGGACCAGGGAUUACCCUCAGCUACUAUAAUUACUUAUCAACCCUAGCUAUUUUCAUCAGAAACAAAAGGAAAAUAAAACCAAAAAACCUCCUAGCUAUCUUUGCAAUUCCCUGCCUUCUUUAUAUUCAUUCAUUCAUUUAUUUUUCCCUUAACCACAUAACACUAUUCUAAAUAAAUAAUUUGAAAAAAUGUUCAAAGUGGUAAUGACAAGGAAGCCUAUAUAAAAGCUGGGGGCUUAUACACCAUAGGCUAGAUUCCUGGCAAUUAUAUAGGUGUUGGUACACUAUGUGAGUAUAUAUAAAAUAAUUAUGCAUAUACUUGUGAACUUGAAAUUUUAGUGAUAGCCCUGUUUGAACAUUUUUCUUUAAAUUAGAAAACUAACCCACAAAAAAAUCUGUAUCUAUCAAUCCCUUAGUCAGCUUUGCUGGGGGAGAGCGGACUCCCUUAGGAUGGGUUUCUGGAUGUAUGAUAGGGUCAUGUGUUUUUGACAGGUCACAUUAUUGCUAGAAUGAGGUCACCUCAUUUCAACAGCACUACAAUACUGAAAAUUAAAAGGGUUCACAACUGAAGGUAGAUUUAUAAACACAAAAUGGCUGAGUUGGAAUAGCAUAGAUAUUUUUAUAGUUGUUAAGACUGUAAGGGACUAAUUAAGUGGCCACAGAAUAUAAUAUUAAAAUGAAAAUGUUUAAGUUGACACAAGUAUCCCCAUCGUGGCAGUGAAAGUGUACACUGAGGUUCGUAUGUAAUUCAUUGUAAAGUUCUUUGCUGUGAAAUCACUUGGAUGGAAAUUUCACAUGCAUCCAAUGCUUAAAAUAAGCAAACAGUGGAAAAUUCUGUUGGUAAGCUCCUUAAAAUUCCUAAAUUUGGUGGUUUCUUACAGUAGGUGGUCACUGACUCUCGGUCCUUACUUGAAGAAACAGGUCUGAUGCAUUCAGCGUAUAAAUGACACUAAUAGCGUGAAUUCAGUGGUAAACAAUUAGCAAAAAAUAAUUGCUAUAAGACUAGUAUACAAUAUAAAAUGGAUUAUUACUUGUAGAUAAUGAUUAUGAUAUAAAAUUAUUUAGUAAUACAAUAGAUGGAAAGGUUGCUUCGUACCCUAUUUUUCUUCAUUUUUAGAUACAGAGCCACCAUCAUGAGAUUGACUAUGGUGAUCUUGGUAAGUGUUAUUCCAUGUGCAUUUGUUGUACUUGUGUAUUUACAUCCAGUUCUCUUCAAGAAGGAUAUCAUUGUAAUCAACACUUAGUGUCUAUCAUGAUUAGGUGUCUUUCUUCAUAAGGAGUUAGAAAAUGGUUGAAGAGCUGCUGGAACCAACUGUAGUUGAGUCUGUUUUAGGGAGGUAUCAUAAAUUUAAAAAAUAGAGCUUGAAAAAACUUGUUUCAGUAACAAGUUGCUGUUUUCCAGGGUGAGGUUCAGUGUUAGCCCCAUGCCUAACCCCCAACCUGGAGGUGUUGGAGGAGUGCUGCUGUUAGUCUGUCCUCUUCACUAUAACCUGCCUAAUUUGGGGAAACCUGACAGGAGCUUAAGCCCCCUGCAGGUUUAGCUAACAGGGUCAUUAAGGCAUGCCAGCUCGGGUAACAGGUAAUAGCACACUGGAGAUUGUGACCUGAUGUCCUCGCCAGGAUGAAGCGGUUGAGUGAGUGAAAAAAAACUUGAAUUGGACAAGCAGCACUCAUUCCAUCCUUGUCCAUGUUUAUGAUAUCUUUAGAAGCUAACAUGACUUGCCACGGCAAGUGAACAUGAAAAGUUAUCUGGCCAGAAAAUCUACUUGUCCUGGAUGAUGGGAUUUUUUACAAGCCCUGUCUGUUAAAAAGAAAUUUGAAUUUAAAUUUGUUGUUAGAGUCUCGCAUUAAUGUUAAGUCAUGUUAAGAAUGGAGGCCUCUUAGCAAUGCAAAGCUCCUUUAAUUUGUUGAUCUUUUUACAUGUAAAAGGCAGCAAGUUAGUGAAAUAAUGCCAUGAUAUUGUUUAUUGUGAUUAAUUUUUUUUAUUCUUAUUUUUUAAUAGGUUAUUAUGCUUUAGGGAAUUCUGGAAGAGCCAUAGUUGAUUUGAGCAUUGUAAUCUCACAGAUAGGUACAUGUAAUUCAGUUAUUUUCUGUUUUAUAGAAAAUAAUAACCCUUUCAUGUUUCUGCCUCACCGUGUGAUCCACGGACAACUUUCCAUCUGCAACGCACAUAAUUUCAGCAAAACUGUGAACCUCAGAUACACAAGGGCCUUCAGCCCUCACUUCACAAGGAAUAAAUUUAAACUUUUCUUUUCAAUUUUAAGUGAAGUGGUGGUGUUCUUUUGGUCAAAUCAAAAGUUGUAUGAUUGUUCAGUUUGCAUUGUUUCUUUAACAAGAAAGUUUACAUCACACUGUUUCUCCUCACCCACUGGGCAUAUAAAUGUGUGCUAGUGAAUAUGUCAACAUACUACAACUAGAGUAAGAUUGCAAUAGACUAGCUUUCCAUUCAGGCGUGAAUAGUAAUGAUACUACAUCCUACUGAGGCCAUGAGGUACGGUUUACUUCUCAGUAAUAAUUGUGUGGAAGUUCCAUUAAAUGAAAGCUGUGUUCAUGGUCCAUUUGCUUGAUACAAAAUCAGUGGGGAAAAACAAAAUAAGUAGGGAAAUCAGGCAAGCCAGUGUUUGUUCCUUUCUCCCUCAAGAGUCUUUAAUCUCAACCUCGCAUGAAUCUAGUAACAAGAAUUAAAUUGAGAAUCAAGAUUCUCAAAAGACUGGCAGCUUACUUUAGAAUCGUACUGUAGGAUAAGCACAGGGCCAGUUAUAAAAUUAUAUUUAAGCCAAAUGAUGAGUACGAGUAUAUUGAUAAAUAUCAUGACUUACACUGUUAUUUUGUCGACAGGUUUUUCAUGUGCUUACCUUAUAUUUAUCUCUGAUACUCUGAAUAACUUGUUUCCAAUUAUGAGCAGGUAUGUGAUCAAAAAUUCCAGUUUUGAAUAUUUAUGCCUUAAAACUGUUAAAUUUAUUGAUAUUAGUACUGACUUGGGACCAGUUUCCCUCAAAACAGUUAAUGUGACAAAUUCAGCCACUUUCAACACAGAUUUCCUAUGGCUUCUUCAUACCUACACUCUACCUAACUAUUUUGCGAUAUCAGCAUUAUCUCAUUCACCAUGGGUAUCACAGUCAAACCAUAAGAAUUGGCAGACCAAAUAUGCAGCUACUAAUUAUUUUUUUGUUUUUUCAGCUGAAAGGUAUAGUACUGUAUGCCUAAGUUGAAAAAGGCCUUGCCGAAAGCUUUCACCCAGAGAAUAUUGUUGUUGUCUUUGGAAAACCCAAAAUGUCCUCAGAUAACAAAAUUUCCAACCAAAAACAGUCUUUGUACUUCCCUAUUUGGCCAAAUCACUGAGUUAAGAAAAUCUAGAUUUGUCACGAAUACCAAAGCAAUAAUUGAUAAGGGGGCCAUAUGUAGGCAUUUGAUUUGUUUCCCAUUUUAUUUUCAGACACCAGUUCUUAAUGAGUCUACUUCUACCUCUUGCAAUUCUAGUCAACUUUAGACAUCUGAAGAAAUUAGCCAUAUUCAGGUUUGUUUUCUUGUGAACAUAGCUAGAUGAUCUGGAACUUGAUUUUGGUCUGUAGUUAUAGAAAUUAAUUAAGUUCUAAUUAUUACAUGUUUCAUUCCUAAUUAACAUCCUGCUGUCAUUUUACGUUCGUUUCUCAAAUAAUGUUUUGUUUAGAUUUGGAUUUUGUGCUUUAUCAUUUUUCUUUUUUUUUUUCCAGCCUCUUUGCAGAUUUCGCCAAUGCGUUUGCCUACUGUGUAGUCUUCUGGUUUGAUUUUGCCCAUUUUGAAAAAGUUCAGUAAGUACUUGUUUGUUUUUGAAAGUUUGGAUAAUGCUAGCCCUAAUUAUUCAUGAAUUAGGGCUUGGAAACAAAGGAAACUGGGAAUCAAGCUAGUUUGAAACAUUUUAACCUGAAUAUAAUUUUGACCUGUAACGUGUAUGUUGUGGUUCAAUUUUAUCCUUGGUUUAAUUUUUCUUUUCUUAUGUUUGUAAAUUAUUAUCAUACAUUACCAUACCCAAAAACAAAAGAAAAGAAAAUUUAAACCAAGGGUAAAAUUGAACCAUGACAUAUGCACUGGAUCAGUCACUAUUCAGUUGAUAAACCAUGACCAAAUAAAAGAGAUAUUACCAUCAAGCCAGGUCAAGCGUACCCUCAAGACUCCAUUAAUAAAUUUAUUAUUCAAAAGAUGAAUCCGUUGGUAGUUGUAGAUUUCAGAUUCAUCUCUGCAUUCUUGCAUGCGUAGUGAGCCGUGAAUUCGCACACCAGGCAGUUACCAAAUUUCCACCAGCUCAGUUUCCCUGAAUUUGAUGUAAAUGUCACAGAGAGUUCUUGUAAAAUAUUCGCAGCUCGUUAUGCAUGCAGGAAUGCUGAUUUGAAUUUGAUACAAGUUGCAGGAACUACUAAUGGAUUCAUUUUUCAAAUAAUCAAUUCAUUAAUAGAAUCUUGGGGGGUAUGCUUGACCUGCCUUGACGGUAAAGUAUAUGGUUUUCACCCUGCAGUUAUGUCAUAAUUUAUUACAUUAACUCUUUCACUCCUAGUAAGGGCCAAAUAGAAAUUGCCAAAAUAAUAAAUUUUCUUUUUGAGGUCUACCAAAGAGGUUCCAUUUCAAUGGUAUUAAAGAUAUGAUUGAUCAUGCACAAGUUAAGAGUUAGUGUGACACUCUCUAUGGUGUAGCUAGGAGUGAAUGGCUUAAACAUAAUUAUCUAGUUGGGUGGAGUCCUAAAUUGAUAGCCAGCUAGGGCUAUUGGUGAUACUGAAUGAUAUCUCAAAAACUUUUCAUCAUUAUCAUCAGUAGUGUUGUAACGAUUAAUCAAAUUCUCGAUUAAUCGUGAUUAUGACCUUUCCGUUCGAUUCACGAUUCUUUUCUUCCACGUUUCGAUUUUGCUUUGAUUAUUGCAUAGUUACCUUUUCCAGGGUGCCCUCAGUGAGUUAUUAUAUUGCAAAAUCAGAAUCCAGAACUCUUUAAAAUGUGCGGUUUUGAUUGACUAGCAAAGACGAUAGCAGUUCGUGCGCCAUUUUGUGUUGCCUGGUAAAAAUGCUGUCCUUCAACCACCCCUUGAGAAUUUCCAAAUAAGGCAAACCAUCUUUGUCAGGAUCUCAAACAUGGCGACGAACCUCGUGAAUCCUCGUGUCCCUGUUACUAUUUUCAAAUUGAGGGUUUAGGGUUGCAUGUUGUUAACAUUACAUAUUGUGUUAUAACAAUUAAGAAACAUUUACAUAAUAGAAUCGAAAUAAUCAAAAUCGAAAGACAAUAAUUGAAAUCGAAUUGAAUCGCAAGGAAUAUGAAUCGUUACACCCCUAACAGACAGACCAAGAAAUAGUAUGAUGUAAUAUAGAAUUUUCUCUUUUUUUCAGAAUUCAUCCCCAGAUUGCUAGAAUUAGUGGCUUGCCAUUUUUUUUAGGUGUAGCAAUUUAUUGUUAUGAGGUAGGUAACACCACAGAGCUUCAGGGCUAAAGAAAAUGUGAAUUCCAAGUCAUCCUUUGGGCAAGCCACUCUUACUUUUUGCUGGCCCCAGGCCGGGGCCACUGCUUGGUCAUCUUAGUUUAUGAUCUAGUUGGAGGAUAACUUGCUUGGAACCUUACCCGUUGUUCAAGUAAGCUUUAAAAGUUACUUGCCCAGCAAGAAAAUUGACUUGUCCUAGAUUACUGGAAGGGGCAUUAUUCUCAAGCCCUGAGAAUACUCGUGUAAGAAUAGCAAUUUUUACUGGCUAAGUGGAGUGAUCAAGAUGUGAAUUGUUUGUCUCUCACAUUCUUUAGCAUAGGUGUGGUACUGUUACAUGUCUGUCCAGAUUGAAGAGGGUAGACUGUGCGCAGUUACUGUUGUUUUUGUUGCCUUGUCCUCUGCAAACCUUCUCAGUCACCCAUUCCGCUAAGAUCCUUUUGCUUAUGUUAUCAAACUUGUGUUUUUGGGAUCUUUCUUGUUUUUAAUUUUUCUUCCAAAUGUGAAGUGCUAGACUGUUGUUGAAACCCAACUUACGAAUGUCAUUACUUUUUAGCUUAAUUGUACAAAUGUUAUGUCAUUCUAGGGUGCAGGGCUGAUUUUGUCACUUGAAGCCUCCUGUGCUAGUGAUUCAAAAGACAAGUUUAGAACGUAAGUACAUUCUGACUUAAGAUUCUGCAGGAGGUCCACUAUCCUGCAGACAUAGCACCAUCCUAUAUUUUCUGUAAGACAAAUGUGCCAUAUUUACAUGUAGCAGACACCUCUAUUAAACCAUUUGCCCUUGUAGAUAUUGCUGAAAAACACUGUUUGAAGCUAGUUGAACCAUUUUGUUAGGUCACUGUCUGUCUUAAAAGGCACAAGAAAUAAUUAUAUGCUCAAACCGUUGUUUCCUGAUGUGCCAAUAUUGUAGCAUUCUUCUCUGGAGUGUUUGUGGGUCACUAGGACUACAACUAAGUGUCCAUAUGGGGAGGUUUUUGUCUACAUUAAUAACAAGCUAAAGCAGCAAGAAUGCUAGCUGACAUCUGGGACAUCAUAAGUGGCAACCGGAAGUUGAAUGUCUUGCUUCCUGGAACACUUCUGUGUCACACAAUGGAUCUGAAUACCUUUUUUUAACUUCCACUGUAGAAAUUUGUCAAGUCAGAGCAUUGAAAGGGAGAAAAUAUCAACUUUCAGUUGCCAUUUUUGAAGUCUGGGACGUCGACAUUCUUGUUGCUUAAGGUCCCUACUAUUGAAAAAACAACUUAUUAUUUAUAAAUAAUUAUCUCAAUAAAUUGUUAUUAUUAUGUUGAUGAAUUAUUGUUCAAUCUGACCAUAACAAAAUUAACUUAAUUUAAUAAGUUUGUUAUAUAUUAUAUUGAUCCUUUUCAGUGUAUUUAAAGUCACAUUGUUUCUAGUCACAACAUUGUACAUUGGUUUUGGUGCCUGUGGUUAUCUGGUAAGUUUAAAGUUUGUGUUAAAAAUAUUAACAAUAAUGGCAAUAAAAAUAAAUGGUUAAUUUUGAUGUUGACUUUAGCUAGUGUGUUCAUGAACAAUCUAGCACCCCAGGUGCAGUGGCAAAGGAAGUGGUUUUUGCAACCCCCACCCUUUAUAGCCUGAAAUUAUUGGUAUAUGGGCUUAAACCAUUUUGGUUUUAAGUAGGGUGAGGAAGCUAUGUGUUUGUUUGAAAUAGGGCAGGGACUUUCGGGAUGUAUGCUACUCACCCUCAUCCAAAUUAUUUUCUAACUGUUCCCCCCACCUUAAGAUGGUGUCCUAGGCUAGGCUGCAGAUAGCCUGCGAGCAAGCUCUCCAGGGCAUGCUAGCAGCAUGGUGGGAAAAGGAAGGAGAGCUUGCAACAACGUCUCUAGAAUUUGAAUUCCACCUCCAGUUUCCCUAUGGCUCUCCUUCGAUCGAGCUGUCAGAUUUCCCGCCAAUCAGCGCAAAGGGGAAACAGGCGCGAAUGUAAACAAACUUUGAAAACACAUGCCAAGGAUAAUGAUGUCAUUACUAAUGUCAUUUCCUCCAAUAAACAAUGAUUUCACAUCAACUUUUUUGAUGCAGAUAUUAAAAUUUCCAGUGGCGUAGUUGCAAGCUCUCCUUCCUUUUCUCACCACACCACUAGAGUGCCCUGGAGAGCUUGCUUGCGAACUAGGUUGCAGAGAAAAUCCGAUGGGUCAUAUCAACAAUUUUGGGAAUUUUUGACUUAGACAAGUUACUAAGAGCUUAAAUUUUAAUAUUGUUUGUUUGUUUGCUUUUUGUUUUUGUGUUUGGUCUUUUUUGCAUUUUUUAUUAUUGCUGUUGCUGUUGUUAUUGUUGUUUUUUUAUUACUUACCAGUUAACCCUUAAAAGGUUUUCAUUAAACCCCAUCCUGGUACUACAGUGGAACCUCAAUAUAAAGACCCGCUAUAUAACAAAGUCCUUAAUUGGUAUAACGAGCAAUUUUGUUGACUCCAGUAAUAGUAAAAUAUAUGGAAAAGUACCUCGAUAUAAUGAAACCUCAUGUCAGCAAGCAAAUUUUGCAAGUCCCUUGGUGCUUUGUCAUGAGAAGCUUCCACUGAGUACUAUAUUGUAAGCUGAUUUGUUUAUAGUUUUUAAUACACAAAGUAAAAUUUUAACAGGUACAAUAAAAACCCUUGUUUUCUUAUUUUUCAGUCGUUCGGAGAGACUACAGCACAAAUGAUAACUUUAAAUUUACCUGAAGGUAAGACUGACAGUAUUGAAAUAGCUGUCAAAUUUGAUUUUAGGAGACAACGGAAAUUGAGAAUCAACCUACUGUAGCUUAAAUCAAAAUUAACAUGGGAUAAAAUUUGACUUGUGUAAUAUAUACAUGUAGGCACCUGUUGUUGUCACAAUACAGUCAAACUUCUCUUAAGCAUGCCAUUACAUUCAUAGUUACGUAAGUUGAGCUUGUUGCUGGUUGCGAGCACUGCUCUAAUGGUUUUUUCUCUGGGUUUAUAACAAAGUUUCAUUAUAUCAAAGUUUUUUAUUUCAUAUGUAUUCUAUUACUGGAGUAAACAAAAUCGUUUGUUAUACUGAGGACUUUGUUAUAUAGAGGUUCAUUAUAUCAAGGAACUUGUACUGUAAUUUUGUGUUGCUGGCCCUGCAGCUGGUUAAGGUAUUAAGGGUGCUUUUCAAAAGUCAGAACUGGCUGGCCAGACCAGUCAUUUUGAGAAUGAUAUAGGCUUUUUCCAAGAAUUUUUUAUGAAAAACCAUCUCCUUGUGCAUACUACAGGAUUUGACCGAUCUGGUUGGAUAGCUUUGUAUUAAAGUUCUCAUUCUGACAGGAAUGGUUUGGACAGUCAGUUCUGACAAAUUAUAAGCACCCUGCAAUGUCAUUCUCAGAGUAAGUAACACACUGGCCAGGGACAGAACAAACGUCGAAGAUCUUACAAUCUGUACAUUUCCUUUGGUUGUUUGGUCCCGAUGAAUUUCUUGCUGCUAUGUUUCUUCCAAAAUGACAUUCACACCACAUUUUACUGACCAGCUAGUUACCAAGGGCACACUGAGGACAACAGGUUCAUCAGUCCAUUAUACUGUUUAAACAGUAUUUGGACUGACGAAUAUGUCCCUCUUACUGUGUUGUUUUCUCAAUAAAUAUGAUUUUUUUUUAUUUCAGGGCCAUUUCCUGCAGUGGUUCAGUUAUGUCUUUGUUUUUCAUUAUUUUUUACUUAUCCAAGUAAGUAAUAAUAAAAAUAAAUAAAUAAUGUAGUACCAGUAGUAUACUUUCAUGGUAACAUGUCUAUCAUUUUGUAUCUGUGCUUAUGUACCUGCAUGAAAUUCUUUUAACUCAAUAAGAAGUUACAUUUUUUUGUUAAAUUUGUUAUUACUGUUAACUUCCAAUAAGGGGUUUUAGAAGGCUUAUAUUCAGAGGAGCUUAAAAAAAGUGUUUCAAAACAAGCUACAUAACAGUGAUGGUCAAAAUACUUUUUGAAUUAUGAUCGCUUUUUAAAGCUUCAAAAUGCCGUAACAAGUCUUAGAUUUUUUACUGUUAUUUUAUUUUAUUUUCCUUUUUCGAUUUUGUUUUUUUUAUUUUUUAGCUAUUUGUGAGAUAAUUACAGGACCCUUUUGAUAACAGUUCUUUUUAUUAGAACUGAUAGGUUAUCCUGUAUAAAUAUUUGCGUUAUUAUUAUUAUUAUUGUCCGACGAAGUCAUUUCAAUACAAGCAAGAGGCAGGCUUAUAUUCAGGGGGCUUAUAACCUGAUGCAUUUUUUGUUUACAGUUGGGCUUAUACAUGUAAUUGGAAGUAUAUGGUAUUUAAUAUUUAUUUAUUUUUUUUAUUUUUUUGCAGUAAUGAUGUUUCCAGUUGCACUAUUAUUGGAAAAGAAAUUACUUCCAGAUGGUGGAAGAAACAGUUACUAUCCAGGAGUGAGUAACUAUGACAAAACAACUUUAUUGUUUACUGACUUUGUGUCAGUGUAUCUAACACAUGUAACUAGAAGCACUAAUUUUGCCCCUUUUUUGUCCUCUUCUGGUGACAGGACUGCAGAUUUUAUGUGGCCAGCUAAUUUUUUUAACCUCACAAAAGUAAAACCUUUGGCAGGUUAUAAUUUAUUAUAAAUAGAGCUAGUAGCUCAUGGCCCCGCCCAACACAUUAUGAUAAUGUGCAUGUAAUUUGAUUUAAAAUCUUUUAGUGGUAAGUAUAUAAGUAUAGAUAAUAAGUAUAGAUAAUCAAAAUAUUGUUAAAGUAAAGGAGACAAAUUUUCUAGGCGUAAUUUUGGAUGAAAACCUAAAUUGGAAGUCGGAAAUAUCUCACGUUGCAAGUAAAGUUGCGAAGUCAAUCGGUAUAAUAUCUAGAUGCAGCUUCUUUCUUCCUAAAUCGUCUUUACGUAUGCUCUACUAUUCCUUAAUUUAUCCUUAUUUUUACUACUGCAAUAUCGUUUGGGCUUCGACCUAUAAAACUAAUCUCCGCCGCCUUGUUAUCCUGCAAAAGCGCAUUAUUAGAAUUAUUAAUAAAAUUACCACAUUUUAAUGCUCAUACUGACCCCAUCUUUAAGGACCUCGGUAUACUAAAAUUUAAUGAUAUCCAUUUGCUUCAACUGGGCCAAUUUAUGUAUUCUUGCAAAAAUUCAUUCUUACCUCCAAAGUUUAAUAACAAUUUCUCUCAAAGCAAUCAAUUCCACUCUUACAAUACAAGAAAUUCCCAGGCCUACCGUCUACCGUAUUGUCGUACAAACACGAAGAAGUUCUCGCCCUUUUUUCAAGGGCCUAAGUUUUUUAAUUCACUUGACAACAAGAUCAUCAACUCUCAAUCCCUCUCCUCUUUUAAGAAAAAACUGAAGAUUAAAUUAUUGAGUAAGUAUGAAAACAGUUUAUAAAUCUUUCCAUCUUCGACUUUUCGCCUUCUUCUCUUCAAUUGAUGUGAAACAGCUCUAGCUCAUAGUUCGAGGAGGCCUAACCUCUCAUAAGCUCCUAUAGUUUCUGUUAGGUCUCCUCGCCACUUCUUUUUUUUUCUUCUUCUUCUUCUUUUCCUAUAUUUUUUGUAAUUAGUGUGGCAAAUAAAAUAAAAUAAAAAUAAAAUAAAAAAUAAACAUCUACAAGUGAAAGUCGUUCUCUGUCUACCAAAGUUUUCCUGUACCAGUUUUUGUUUUUUUUUCUGAAUUUUGGAAAUCAAAUUUAAAUUGAUGAUUAGAUAUUUAAGGAUCAUGGACCACAUUCUCAGAUUUCAUCUGACAGACAACAGUGCAUGUCACCAUUAUGAGUGUUGGUGCCAAGGAAAAAGACUUGAAAUUUUUAUUUUUUGAUUUCUAAUCACAUUUUUCUUGCCUUUUUACCACAACAUGAUAAUAAUGUUUUUAUUUGCAGAGUGUUUUACGAGCCUGUAUUGUGGUAUUAACAGGCAUUGUGGUAUUGUGUAUUCCCAACUUUUCCACAUUAAUGGCUUUCUUUGGAUCCAGUUGCUGUACUCUAUUAGGAUUUAUAUUACCUGGAGUUUUUCAUCUUCGUAUUUUUGAAGGGUGAGCUUCGAAUUUUUUCCACUAACUGCAGAGUGAUGAAACACCAGCACUGUCCCCAGUUGUUCAAAAGGUGGAUAAUGCUAGCCACUAGAGAAAAAAAAUCUAGUUACUUGAUCCACUGAUCGACAAUGAUCUAUCUGUUAGAUAGAUAUUUUUUUAUGCAGUGGAUAGUGUUCAUGCUAUCCAACAUUUGAACAACCAGGGCCUGGUGUUUAAAAGCUGGACAUCAAUAUCCAAUGGACACAUUUCUUUUCAAUGGAUAUAUAGCACAAUAAUAAUAUUGGCUUCCCUUUGGCUUAUACUGUACAUUUCCACAUGACUAUUUUAACAAACCAUCAACAGUUUUCCAUGGUGUAUACUCUUAUCAACGGUAGAGCUGCAAGUGAAUGGUUUCGCUGCAAAGUUUUGAACAUUUUGAUGUCAUUUCAAUAGUCGUUUUAAGAGUAUAGACCAUGGAUAAUAGCUGGUGAUUUGUUUUUUCAGUAACAUUGCUGUUGACAUUUUUUUUAGCCUGUGUACAGAUGUCCCCUCUCCCUCAGGAAAAAUUGGGAGAGGAGACGUCUGUGAAUCGCCGAUGAUGCUCGUGUUCCCGUUUCCCCAGAAUGUUGGGGACAACCUCUGAUUGGUUGUAAUGUUAAUGCCAUGACGCAAAUAAUUUCCGUUGUUGUGAUUGGUGAAUGAACCUCAGAAUAGAUUCCCCGGGGAAAAGCUCAGCCUUUGUGGACAUUCAUAUUUGUUUACCGGUAUUUGUAUUUCGGCUCUCUCGAAGAGGCAUGUUUGCUGCACCGGUCGGUAUUGUAAAUAAAAGAGAAGGCAUACAAAAUCCAACGUUAACAGCCAAAGCAGGUCAAGCUUACCCCCAAAAAAUUCUAUUAAUGAAUUGAUUAUUUGAAAAAAUGAAUCCUUUAGUCGUUCCCGUAACUGGUGUCAAAUUUAAAUCAGCAUUCCUGUAUGUGCAAUAAGCAGUGAAUAUUUUAAGAGACCUUCUCUGCAUUUGGUCCGAUCAAAAAUCUUUGAGUGGAUUAAAUAUUUACAUCAAAUUCAGGGAAACUGAGCUGGUAGAAAUUUCGUAACUGAAUUGCGUGUGAAUUCAUGGCUCAUUACGCAUGCAAGAAUCCACACAGAGAUGAAUCUGAAAUCUACAACUACCAACGGUUCAACUUUCGAAUAAUAAAUACAUUAAUGGAAUCUUGGGAGGUACGCUUGACCUGGCUUGACUGUAAUCAGAGAUCUUAUAUCUGGAUUUUUGGGUGGACAUUGCGUGAAGAUGUUCGUCUAGCCUGUGCACAGAUGCUAGAGCUAUUUUUCGACCUUCAUGUACCUUUUCAACUGUCAGCGAAAGAACAAAAAAAUAAUUUAUGCAAAUGUAUACCGGAACACGAUUAACGAUGGUGAUUCACAGACGUUUCCUCUCCCGAUUUUUCCUGAUGGAGGGGGGACGUUUGUACACAGGCUACAUUUUUUUGUGUCCAUUUUCUUUGACCUCAUUGGGAAAGUCAUGCAUGCAAAAAGAGAAUUUUGUACCACCAUCACAUUAUUUUCAUGGUCUGUACUUGUAUUGACCAUAGCUCUCAACCAAUCAGCACACAAGAAAUCACUCAAUUAUUAUAUACAGUGAUUUAUCCCACGGAAAGUGUUAUUCAACCUUAGAAUAACCAUGACCUCAGCAUUAUGAUAUAUUGUUUCCUAACUAAGAAUUAAGCAAUAAACAACAACUAUGGCACUAAAACUUACGUUGCUGGAGAAGUUUUCAUUUCUUAAGUGAUUCCACUAAUAUUAAUGAAGUACUAUCUUUUUGUCUUCUAUAAUAAAUUAUACUGAAGAUAAUAUUUUGGAUUAAAAUGCACUGUGCAUGAAAUAUACAUGUAAAUCUUAAAAAUUAUAUUGCUUCAGUUAUGAAACUCUGUCUGUUUUCUUUUCAUUUAGGCACCUCACAAAAUGGGAAUUGUUAAUUGACAUAUUUAUCAUAUUUAUUGGUUUAGUAGGGUAAGUAACAGUGACGUUGUUGUCAUUUAACACUGGUAUUGCCUUAUCACUAACAGCACUGGUGUCAUGUUGCAUAACAGAAAAGUUGUUUUCUAUUGCUAAGAGAGAAUUGCAAAUUGCCAGUAGGCCCAUUGUUCCCUCGUACCUAUUUAGAAAGGGGUUUCUUUGUUUGACAGUAAUGGCCUCCUUGACGCAGUGCUUGAUGAUGUUAUUUCCAUCAGAUCAGGGCUGGACGUUGCAACCCGUGGGGUUGCCAAUGCAACUGGAUUUUAUUCAGUGGUGACUAACUUUUCAUGCCUGGUCACCAGGCUGGCCCCCAACGAUAUUCCGUUAAGUAAAGUAAAGUUAAAGUCAAACGUUAGACGGACUAACCAUUCGUUGCUAAGAAUCAACCAUUAGAGCGUUUAGGAAAACCAUUGGAGCGUUAGAAAAGCCGUUAGCUAUCCGUUAGUUUUAUAACGGUAAUGGAAUACGUAAAAAUAAAUUUUAUAACAAUUUCAGGGGGCUAUGUAGCCUGUUUUGUAGAAGGUCUUCUCUUGUAUUCAGGAUUUACUCUCUGUAACCUACUGGCGACCAAAAAUGAAAACGUAGAGGCAGCUUGCCCCAAGAUUUUUUUCUGAAAGUCGAGCCCUGCUGAGAUGCUAUUUUGUUUUGGAAUUUUCCACCCUAAGUCAUUGUAAUGCUUGCAAAAACUCCCUAUUAUUGCACCGUUGCAUGGUCACCUAUAGGACGUACUCCUAACUGAUCUUAUUGACUCAAUUAAUGAGUUUAGUCAUGAUGUAAUGGCCUUUCUUUUGUUCUUCUAUUUCAGAGCUGUGAUAGGAACAAGGGAUGCCCUUCUGAGACUUCUAGCGGGCUCAUAA